CGCCGCCUCCGCAGAUUCUUCGUUCCCGAGAUCGGGAACGUCCCCUCGCGACGCCGCGGAGGCGGGUCGCUCGGGGACCUCGUCGAGGAUGACGACCAUCUCGCGCGCGUCCAGGUAUCGAGAGGUUCUCGCGAGCUCGCUCGGGCGCUCGCGCGCGUCUCGCUCGCGCGCGCGUGAUGUGCGUCGCGCGCACGUCGCGUCGGGGUUGGACGAAAAGGCGUUGGGAGUCGAACCGGCGCGGCGCGCGCUGUUCACAGCACGUCACGGAAAACGUCGAUCUCAGCAUCGCGCGCCCCGAGGGGCGCCCGCGUCUUCGCGCGCGCACACCCGCUCGCGCACGGCGCACGGGUCGCGUCGGCGUCGGGACCGAUGCCCCGCGCGUCCGCGACGGCCGCGGACGACGCGCCCAAGCCGACGCGACGACGGGGGAACCCCGCCGUCGCGUCGGACGACGACGCGCUGGAGACGAAAUCGAGGGCGGGGGCGAGAUCGCCCUCGCCGUCGAAAGCGCGUCGAGGCGGCGCGCGAGGAGUCAAGUCCCCGGUGAAGUACGUCAGCGUGCGAUCGAUGAAGAAGCGGUUCAUAUUCCUCAGGAUCCUCCUCAGCCGCGUCGCGUUCUUCCUCGCCGGGAUGUGCUUCCUGUUCUACGUGCGGCCGUACUACGCGCACUACAUCUAUCCGGAGUCGAUGCAAUCGCGCGUGGAGCGCUCCAUACCGACGUGGCUGAACAGCACGCUACACUCGCUGAACGAACUCCCGGCGCUGAACACGUCCGCGCUGAGCAGCGUCCCUCUCCCCGGGCAGCUCGCGUACGCGCGCGGGCGGCGACCGAAGCACCCGGUCGUCAUCGUCCCCGGGUUCGUCUCGAGCGGGUUGGAGCUGUGGGAGGGGCUGCGAUGCGGGAAGCAUUUUUUCCGGCAGCGGAUGUGGGGCACGCCCGCGAUGGCGCGGGCGUACUUCACCGACCGCGCGUGCUGGAUGCAGCACAUGCGGUUGGACCCCACGACCGGGAUCGACCCGCCGGGGAUCAAGCUCAGGGCGGUGACCGGGUUAGAGGCGGUGGACUGGUUCGUUCCGGGGUAUUUCGUGUGGGGGAAGAUCAUCGAAAAUUUGGGCGCCGUGGGGUACGACGUGAACACCCUCCACGCGGCGCCGUACGAUUGGCGGCUCUCCCCGCACGCGCUGCAGGAGCGCGACGGCUACUUCACGCGUCUGAAAGCGUCUAUCGAGACGAUGGUGAGCCUGCACGGCGUCCCGGUCGCGGUGCUCGCGCACUCGUACGGCGAUCAGCUCACGCGGUAUUUCCUUCGAUGGGUCGAGACGCCGACGAAUAAGGGCGGCGGCGGGGGCGGGAACAAGUGGACGGAUAAACACGUCGCGGUGUACGUCAACAUCGCGGGGCCGAUGUUAGGCAUCCCGAAAGCGGUCCCGUCGCUUCUCUCCGGGGAGAUGCGCGACACCGCGCUGUUAGGUCAGCUCGAGGGUUUAUUAGGACUCACCGCCGGGAGCUUCGUGAGCGGGACGUUCGGCAGCGCGGCGCAGACGUUCCGGACGUGGGGUUCGAUGUGGUCGAUGCUGCCCAGAGGUGGGUCGAGGAUAUGGGGCGGCACCGACGCGGACGGGUCCCCGGACACGAUCGUUCGAGGCGACGACGACGACGGCGACGCGAAAGUGGGCGCGUUGCGGCACUUCCUCUCCGUGCGAACGAAAAAAGACGCCGACGGCGCGGGCGCGGACGCCGGGAACGAGACGGACGAGGACGCGUCGCCGCCGUACAACCUCACGAUCGCGUCCGCGCUGCGACUGCUAUUCGAGCGACACGGCGAGGAUCAUCCCCGGAACGCGAAGGACUACCGGAGAGUGUUGCUCGGGGACCGCGGUCGCCGCGGCGGGGGCGGGGUUGACCCCGUGACGUUCGGAGACCCGCUCGUCGACGCGCUCCCGAACGCGAAGAAGCUCAGAAUUCUGUGUCUGUACGGCGUCGGGAAACCGACGGAGCGGGCGUAUCAUUACGUCCACCGACCGAACAACACGGACCGACCGUUCGCGCUGGACGUCUCCGUCCACGGGAACGGCGUCGACCGCGGCGUCAUUCUCACGGACGGCGACGGCAGCAUUCCUCUCGUCUCCUUGGGGUACAUGUGCGCGAGAGGGUGGCGACGCGACGACGCGCUGAACCCGGCGCGGAUACCGAUCACGAUCAGGGAGUACGAGCACAAGUCCGGCUGGGGCAUACAAGAGGGGCGGUACAGCGGCGAUCACGUGAACAUCAUGGGCAACGUGGAGAUGAUCGAAGACGUUCUGGAGGCGGUCACCGGGCACGCGGGGGAGAUACGGGAGCGCACGACGAGCCGCGUGCGCGAGUUGUCCGAGGAGGUGCACCGGCGGUUGAGGCGACGGUCGCGGUGGGGAGAGGGGGAGUUGUAGGUAGACGAACGACGUAGAUAGAGCAGGAUGGGCGCGCGGCGUGUUGUGACGAACGACGACGACGACGAC